AUGACUGUGCAUCAUAUAGUAGGAGAAGUUGGCGUCUACUUGUCCUGGCACCUUGUCAUCGAAUACUCUGAAGCUCUCUCUGGCCUUUCUACUUCAUAUGCUGCUUUGCUAAGAAUUAAGAAAAGUUCAACCUCAUCUGCCUUUGGUUCCAAGUCCAGACCACGGUACAGCAGUACAUCGUUGGGUACCCUGAGUGUUUCUCCACCGAGCUGGCGAGGGGCAGCACAACAGUACCACUCCCCGGUCAACCUUUAUCACUCCUCAGAUGCCUUUAGACAAGAUGAAAGUGUGGAUUAUGGGCCAGUAUUUGUGCAAGAACCUGAUGAUGUCAUUUUUCCAACUGAUUCCGAUGAAAAGAAGGUAGCCCUGAAUUGUGAAGUUCGUGGCAACCCGUCUCCUACUUACAGAUGGCUUCGGAAUGGAACAGAAAUCGAUCUGGAGAGUGACUAUCGUUACAGUCUUAUAGAUGGCACCUUCAUCAUCAGCAAUCCAAGUGAACUCAGGGACUCUGGGCUAUACCAGUGCUUAGCCACCAACACGUUUGGAAGUAUUCUCAGUCGAGAAGCCACGUUGCAGUUUGCCUAUCUGGGAAACUUUAGUGGCCGGACAAGAAGUGCAGUCUCAGUGCGGGAAGGCCAGGGGGUUGUUCUGAUGUGCUCUCCACCACCUCAUUCUCCAGAGAUCAUCUAUAGCUGGAUCUUCAAUGAGUUCCCUUCCUUCGUGGCAGAGGACAGCCGGCGGUUCAUAUCCCAAGAGACAGGCAACCUCUAUAUUUCUAAAGUGCAAACAUCAGAUGUUGGCAGCUACAUUUGUCUGGUGAAAAAUGCUGUGACGAACGCUCGUGUGCUCAGUCCUCCAACCCCGCUCACGCUGCGAAAUGAUGGUGUGAUGGGAGAAUAUGAGCCAAAAAUUGAGGUCCAUUUUCCCUUCACGGUCACAGCUGCUAAGGGAACAACUGUGAAGAUGGAAUGCUUUGCACUUGGCAACCCUGUUCCAACAAUCACUUGGAUGAAGGUUAAUGGUUACAUUCCCAGUAAGUCCAGACUGCGGAAAUCCCAGGCAGUGUUGGAGAUCCCGAACCUGCAGCUAGACGAUGCCGGAAUAUACGAAUGCACAGCUGAAAACUCCCGUGGGAAAAACUCUUUUCGUGGACAGCUACAAAUAUACACAUACCCACACUGGGUACAGAAACUGAAUGAUACCCAGCUGGACAGUGGGAGUCCUCUGCAGUGGGAAUGCAAGGCUACUGGAAAACCCAGACCCACAUACCGCUGGCUGAAGAACGGAGCACCCCUCUUGCCACAGAGCAGAGUGGACACAGUUAAUGGAGUAUUGGCGAUCCAUAGUGUGAAUCAAUCAGAUGCUGGGAUGUAUCAGUGUUUGGCUGAGAAUAAAUAUGGAGCUAUUUAUGCGAGUGCCGAGCUGAAGAUUCUAGCCUCACCACCCUCCUUUGAACCGAAUCAAGUGAAGAAAUCAAUAAUUGUUACCAAAGACCGGGAAGUGCUCAUGGAGUGCAAACCCCAGGGCUCUCCAAAGCCAGCCAUUUCCUGGAGGAAGGGAGACAAGCCAGUGAGAGGGAACAAGAGAAUAGCUAUUCUUCCAGACGGAAGCCUGCGGAUCCUAAAUGCUUCUAAGGCAGAUGAGGGAAAGUACGUUUGCCAAGGGGUGAACAUCUUCGGUUCUGCGGAGAUUGUAGCUUCUCUGUCUGUCAAAGAACCCACAAGAAUAGAGCUUACUCCUAAAAGAACAGAGUUAACUGUUGGAGAGAGCAUUGUCCUCAACUGCAAAGCCAUCCACGACUCUAGUUUGGAUGUCACUUUCUACUGGACACUAAAAGGACAACCUAUCGAUUUUGAGAAAGAAGGUGGACAUUUUGAAAACAUCAGGGCUCAAGCAUCCUCUGCAGAUUUAAUGAUCAGGAACAUCCUUCUGAUGCAUGCUGGGAGAUAUGGCUGCAGGGUACAGACCACAGCAGACAGUGUGUCAGAUGAGGCAGAACUUCUUGUUAGGGGUCCCCCGGGGCCACCUGGAGUGGUCAUAGUGGAGGAGAUUACAGAAAGCACCGCCACCCUCUCAUGGAGUCCAGCCACUGACAACCACAGCCCCAUCUCUUCCUACAACCUUCAGGCUCGCAGCCCCUUCUCCCUGGGCUGGCAAACAGUGAAGACAGUCCCAGAAGUCAUCACAGGAGACAUGGAGUCAGCAAUGGCUGUGGACCUAAAUCCCUGGGUAGAAUAUGAAUUCCGAGUGGUGGCUACCAAUCCAAUUGGGACAGGAGAUCCAAGCAUCCCAUCUCGAAUGAUCCGCACAAACGAGGCAGUUCCAAAGACGGCACCCAGCAAUGUGAGUGGAAGAAGCGGAAGAAGGCACGAGUUGGUCAUUGCCUGGGAGCCAGUGUCAGAAGAGUUUCAGAAUGGGGAAGGCUUUGGCUACAUAGUGGCAUUCAGACCCAAUGGAACACGUGGCUGGAAGGAGAAAAUGGUUACAUCUUCUGAGGCUUCCAAGUUCAUUUACCGAGAUGAAAGUGUCCCUCCUCUCACACCCUUUGAAGUCAAAGUUGGUGUUUAUAAUAAUAAAGGUGAUGGACCUUUCAGCCAGAUUGUAGUCAUCUGUUCAGCUGAAGGAGAACCCACUGCUGCUCCCAUUGACGUCAUGGCAACCAGUGUGUCGGUGUCAGAGAUUUUUGUUGUAUGGAAACAUGUUAAGGAGAGUCUCGGAAGGCCACAGGGUUUUGAGGUAUGA